ACACUGUGGGGAAGGAACUGGUGAAAAAACUGAGAGGCAAGGGAAUGAACUUGGGAUGAAUUUUUAACUCCACAGAAGGUUAAUUGACUCCUACUUUGGAAUUCUUUCCCCUAGAUGAGGUGGAUAAAGCUAAAAUCCUAGGAACUCAUCAUCCCAUAGGGUGGAUUUUUACUUAGGCUGAGAAGAUUUCUAUAUCUACUGUCCUGUUUUACAUUGAGGCUCAAGACCAGAAAGAGAGCCCUUGAGACUACAAACUUGUAUAGAGUCCUCAUCCUGGUUCAAUCUCCUGCACCUCCUCCCACUGAAUCCCCACGCAGGUUAUAAGUUCUAUCCCUGCUUUGUGCCUACAAGUUUCCACUACAUCCUUAUCUUCAGAACAGGAUUCAGGCAUCAACAUGAAGUGUGUCCUAUUAACCUUACUGAUGGUGACUGGUGUUGUUCCAUUUAUUAGUGAAGAUACGGAAGACUUAGGUCAUAUGCUGUACUUAUUAUAUCUGAAAUCUAGUUACCAGCCCUGUGUGGGGACUCUGAUUGCCCCUCGGUGGGUGGUGACAGCAGCACACUGCUUCUUACCAGAUCUCCAGGUCAUCUUUUUUGGUGGUUCUCAAAGUUUUCAAGACUUUACAGGGGAGAUUAUACCUUAUGAGAAGAUCUUCAUUCACCCAAACUUCACUGCCACUUCUCCUAAAAACGACCUCAUGCUGAUAAAGUUGUCUGUACCUUUCACCUUUGUCACUGAGUUUUUUCAGUUGCCUACUCUUGUGAAUAAUGAAGUUAAAGAUUGCAUCGUUCACACCUGGUUACAGGGUGAAGAUUAUUUUGGAAAUCAAGACUAUGACCUGCACAACAUUCGUAUACAAUUGAAUCCUCAUUUAGACUGCACAAAAUUACUGGGUGAAAAAUUCCUUGAAGACAUGUUCUGUAUGCGAAACAAAGUAGGAAGCCAAGAGGCAUGCCAGGUGGUCACAGCUGCACCAGUCAUAUGUGGCUAUGAAUUACAAGGAGUUAUGUCUUGGGCAACUGGAUGUAUUCUGACAGGACACACUAUUGUCUUCACUGACCUCUACAGCUACAGUGCAUGGAUCAAGAACAUUAUUUCUACGAAAUAAGCUGAUCUGGAGCUCCACUGACACCUUACAUCCCAACUGACCCAUGGCAACCACAUUAUGCAUCUCAGUCCCAGGCUUUCCUAGGAUCUAGGCUUGGUUGAAGUUUCAAAAGAGAUCAGUGAUGACACCUG